AUGUCUAGCAUCAUCGACAUGACAAGGUUGUCGAAAAGCGAAGAGACUCUAGGUAACGGAAUCUCCGAUACCAGAAUAAAAGGCUACCCAAAGGGGUAUCCCGAAUUGGCAGCAUUUAUGGAGAGCGACCCAGGCUUUGGCAUACUGCGUCGAUUCAACCAUCUACACUUACGAAAUCUCUUGUACAUGCAAGAAGAACUCACAUCCAUGGAUCGACGUCUAUACGAGAUCGAUGCUUCAGAGACGGAUGAGCUCAACAAUAUGACCCGACCAGGCGAUGAAAAUGUAGAUAGGAAAGUUUUGAUGACGGAGAUUCGAGUAAAGCUCAGAGAAUACGGUACAGUUCUUCCCAGGUGA